AAGCCCUAUAAUUCAUUUUGCUGUCAGGAGACGCGCGAUUGCCUGUUUCCUCUGCCUAGAGUCUUAUCGACACCUGUCCACCGCCGGCGACCAACAGCGACCAACGGCAAAUGUCGAUCAACGACGACAGAGUGAAGUUGCCAAUUAAUGCUAAUCCAGUAGUUGUGCAUGAGCCGUCGAGGUUCAAUCAAGGUGGUCAGGCUGAUUCCUAUUCUUUUGCAAGGGAUACAAUGCUAAAUGGAACUGCUGAGGCAGCUGUCUACAAUUCCAAGAAACUUGAAGAUGCUGUGCAUGAGAUGGGUCUGAAACUUAAACAUCAUGAAGAGAAUAUCAUUUUCCUAAAAGCUCAGAAGAACGGAUUGGAUAAUUCAAUCUUAGAUAUGCAAGUCACUCUUGGCAAGUAUCAGACAGCAAGCGAAUCUGGUUCUGAAAAUGAGGAACUUUCCCAUGUACGGAAUGUGGAGGAGACACUUGAACAUAUCUUAAUACAUGAGAAAUCUGCAGCUGGCAUCUGGUGCCAGCUAAAACAUCAUCAUGGAACUCAAGCUUCUCAUCUUCCUUUGAUGAAGGAUGUCGUGGGAAUUGUUUCUAUGCUUGGGAACGUUGAUGACGAUAAUCUUAGCAGGCUCCUGUCAGAUUAUUUGGGACUUGAGACUAUGCUAGCAAUUGUUUGCAAGACGUGUGAUGGUAUCAAAGCACUGGAGACAUACGACAAGGAAGGUCACAUAAACAAAACUUUGGGUCUUCAUGGACUUGGAGCUUCUAUUGGAAGGCCUUUGGAUGACCGCUUUCUUGUUAUCUGUCUUGAAAAAUUAAGACCAUAUCCUGAUGAUUUCAUAGCUGAUGACCCUCAAAGGAGACUUUAUAUUUUGAAGCCAAGAUUACCCAAUGGGGAAUCUCCACCUGGUUUUCUCGGUUUUGCUGUGAAUAUGGUCAACAUAGACAGUGUGAACUUAUAUUGUGCUACAAGCACUGGUUAUGGUCUAAGAGAGACUCUCUUCUAUAACCUGUUUUCCCGCUUGCACGUAUACAAAACAAGAGAAGAUAUGCUACAGGCUCUCCCUUGUAUUAGACAUGGAGCCAUAUCCCUGGAUGGUGGGAUGAUAAAGCAUGAUGGUCUGUUUUCCCUGGGCAAGAGGGAAAUAGAUGUGAAAUUCCCAAAGAGCUCUGGAAGGUCAAAUAUGCCGCAAAACUACUUCGAAAUUAAAAGACAGAUUAAGGAGAUGAAGUGGAAAAAAGAAAGAGCUGUAGAAGAUAUGCAGAGGGAACAGGCUUUGCUAGAGCGUGCAAGGUCCAAUUUUGAUAUAAAGAAGCAAGAGUAUUUGAAGUUUCUUGCACAAAGCUCAACCUACGCAACGCAGCAGAACUUCAGGUCAGAGGGGAGCACAUAGCAUGAUUGACGGAAAAUCUGAGAGCAUUUUGGGUUUUGGACAACAAGAAGCUCUACCAGUCAUCAAUCCUGCACCAACCCAGUCUGAGACAUUGUCUUUCAGGAUUAAUCGUAUAGUCUUAUGAAUUCCUGAUUCUCGUCUAGCUUAAUUUGUAACAAACUUAUAUACGUGGUGACAACCUGUCCCAAGAUUGUAGAAUGUGUAGUUAACUGUACAUCAUCUUGUGGUAGUAUUGCAAAUUCCAGUUACUAAAGCUGGAGAUGGUUUGUGAUCCAACAAAGAAAAUUUUCAACUAAAAUGUGCCUUGGGCAUGUUGGAAAUA